AUGAGUAUAUAUAUCGGCGUUGCGCCAGCCCUCCGAUGGCGCGACCCAUGGGGUGCAGCCGCAUCAGCAUACAACUUGAAGGCUUACGGUGGAGCUUGGUAG